AUGGAUUCUGAAGGCGAGGGUUUCUACAGCAGCAGUAGUGAUACGACGGCGGAUGACAGCUUCGCUGAUUACGCCGCCGUCAGCCACCUCCAAAAUCCCUACAAAAUCCUAACAGAGGGCGACAUCCAGCAACUCCUCGACGACGAUAUCUCCACAGUUUCCGACGUUCUCUCCGUCUCCCGAGGCGCCGCCUGCACCCUCCUCUGCCAGAAUAAUUGGAAUCUCAGCUCCGUCUACGACAAAUUUUUCGCCGCCGACGACAGGAAUCACCAAACCGUCGCGUCGUCGUCGUCGUCGCAGCGAGAAUUAGGGCAAAAUCUGUGCAAGAUAUGUUACGACGAAAUCAGCCCCCAAAACACGGUCUCCGCCGCCUGCGGCCAUCCCUUCUGCGCCGAUUGCUGGAAAACCUACGUCGCGGCGGCGAUCGACGACGGCGCUGGAUGCCUGACGCUGCGGUGUCCGGAGCCUGGCUGCGGCAUGGCCGUAGGUGUAGAUCUGAUCGAAUUGUUGGCCUCCACCGACGGCAAGGAGAAGUACCAUAUAUAUCUCCGCCAAUCCUACGUGGAGGCCAGCCGCCGGAGAAAGUGGUGCCCCGCCCCGGGAUGCAAUUUCGCCGUCGAAUUCGACGGAGGCGGAGGCGGCGGAGGCUACGACGUGACGUGCGGCUGCUCUCACAAAUUCUGCUGGAACUGCGGGGAAGAGCACCACCGCCCCGUCGGCUGUGAGACGGUGGCGAGCUGGUCGGAGAAGAACAAUUCGGAGGCGGAGAACACGCAGUGGAUCCUCGCCUACACCAAACCCUGCCCCAAAUGCCGCCGCUCCAUCGAGAAAAACCAAGGCUGCAAUUGGAUGACGUGUCGCCCCCCCUGCGGAUUCCGAUUCUGCUGGCUCUGCGGCCAGGACUCGAGGUUCCACUCCCGCUGCAACAAAUACGGCGGCCCCGCCGCCGGCUAUGAAAAGAAUGCUAAGAGAGAGAAGGCGAGGAAGGAUCUGCAGAGAUACACGCAUUACUACGAGCGGUGGCACGCCAACGAGCAGUCGAGGAAGGAGGCGCAAGGGGAGGCUCCGGCGCAGCUGCAGUUCGUGACGAAGGCGUGGGAGCAGAUUGUGGAGUGCCGGUGCGUGCUGAAAUGGAGCUACGCCUAUGGUUACUACAUGGAGAGGGAGGCGCCGAAGAAGGUGGCGUUGUUCGAGCAUUCGCAGGGGGAGGCGGAGAAGCAGCUGGAGCGGCUGCACCACUGCGUGGAGAAGGAGAUGGGGGAGUACCUCCGGCGACGGAGGGAGGAUUUCAAUGAAUUUAGGGUUAGGGUUGUUGAUCUGACUGUGGUGACCGGGAAUUAUUUUGAGAAUUUGGUGAGGGAUUUGGAGAAUAAUCGAGCGGAAGUUGUGGGUGACGGCGGCGGCCGGAAUGGUUUGAAGAAGAAGAAGAAGAAGAAGGAUGACGAUGAGAGGAAGGGUUUGGAGAAGCAGAGAAGGAAGAAGAGGGAUGAUGAUGAGAGGAAUGUUCCUAGGAAAAGAGUAACUUAUGCUUCUAGGUAUUCUCGUAAUUAAGUAUUGAUGAUGAACGUGCACGUUUGUUUUGGAUGAUUAUUAUUGUGAGGAGAGUAUAGUUUUUUUUUUUGGUUUUAGGAUUAUUGAGAUUGUUUCAAUAGUAAGUUUAUGAUCAGAAAAUCAUAGACUAUUCAUUAAUUUAUGCAUGUUGAAUUAUGAAAUUUUUGGUAGUACAAUAUUCUUGUUAUUGGUUUUGGUGAAAGAUGGAAAACAUUGAAGAUCUAUGAAGAUG